GCUCGUUUUGUUUUGCUCGCUCGUACUCAAUAGUACUUACGUUUGUAAAUUAUUUAAAUUUAAAUAAUAUAUUUAGCUAAAGGUUAAUGUGAAUAUUCAAAUUAUUAAACUACAUUGCAAUUUACAUAUAUUCCAGUGCAAUAUACUAUUGAAAAAUAUUUGCAGAAGCGAAAUCGUGUUUACUUUUAAAAUCGACGCAAAGUUUAUUUAAAUAUGGAUUUAUUGGAAAAUGAAUGGUAUAUUCAAGCUCCUUGGGGCAGAAUAGCAAUAAUAGCAUGGGGCAACUGCUACGAUCCUCCUGUGUUGCUAUGCCAUGGGAGUGUAGACUCGGCUAUCAGCUUCAGACCACUUGUCAGCAAACUGCCCAAGAACUUCUAUUAUAUUGGUGUGGAUCUACCAGGUAAUGGCAAAUCGGACAGGCUACCACCAGGCCUGAUGAUCAGUGUGUCGGACAUGGCAUACGCUAUCAAUGUCGUAGCUAAACAUUUCAGAUGGAAGAAAUUCACUUUUAUUGGACAUUCAUUUGGAGCGUUUCUAGGUCAGAAUUUCAACUUGUUUUAUCCAGGAAGGGUGAAUAAAUUGAUCAACUUGGACCCCAUCAAUUUCUUUGCGAUACCACCCCAAGACUUCGCUAGAUGGUACCACUCGCGUUUCACAGACUUCUACAAGAAUUAUGAAAAAUUUAACACUCCAGUGAAAAAUGGACCGAAGGUCAAGUGGACAGAGGCGUUACAGUCGUUAAGAAGUAACCGUCCAAGUUUGAGUGAGGAACAGGCGACUGCAGUAUUGAAUAGAUUAUCCGAACCGGCUGGAGAUGGACAUAUCAGAUACACGUACGACUUACGCAUAAAAUUGAUGCAUGGACCAGCAUUUUCGCCGGAACACGUUAAAAAAUUAUUUACCAGUCAUGAUACACCGAUAUUAACAGUUGCAUGUCAAAAUUCCAUUGAUAAGGAACUUUUUCGAAACACGGCCUUUUUGCUCGACGAGGCUGAAUAUCCGUCAAACAAUUUCCGUUUUAGAUCUGUGAUCGGAGACCAUGAUGUUCAUAUUUCGAAUCCUGAAAGAGUGGCUGUCUAUGUCAGCCAGUUCCUACUCUAUGGUUUGGAGGGCAUGGACAAUAAGGCUAAGUUAUGAUUUGUGAAUGAUUUUGUUUAUGACAGCGGUGAAAAAUAAAUAAAUAGAUAGAGUCUGGCAAACGAAAGUAGAGACUGAAAAAGCCCGGCAAAUUUAAAAAAUAU